AACGCUUCUUCUCGUUUUUCGUGGUUUUAAUUUUUGUCCUGUAUAAAAGAGUGUGUCCAGCGUGGAGUUCAACUUAGUUGAUCAGUUAGAAGGAUUGCGUUCAGAGCUUUAGACGAGUUCCCUAGUUUUCGUUCCAAAAUGGCAAAGUUGGUUAUCGCCCUUGUUCUCUCCGUUUUGAUCGUUGUUGUGGCUGCCAGGCCCGAUCAUGGAAAGCAACAUAAGCCGCAGGCUCACCACCAACCUCAGCCGCAUCAAGCGCAAGUGCACCACCAGGCGCAAGGCCAUAAGCAGGCUCAACACCAACCACAGGCUCAUCACGGUGUCAGCAACCACGGUUCCAGUCAUGGACCGCAGCAUAAUAAUCAGAAGAAGCAUCACUGAGCAGCGUCCGGUAGUUCAAUAUUUAAUUAAUAAUGGAAAAUAAACGUUUGAAGUUUUCGUGUAA